AUGGCGGCGGCGGACCUGCAGGAGCUACGGGCGCUGGUGGAGCGGGCGGGCGGCCGACGGGCAGUAGUGCUGGUGGCCGAGGUGGCGGAGGGGGCCCCGGCGGCGCCCGCGCUGGCCGCCUUCGCCCGCGACCUCCUGGACGACGAGGCGCCGCGCGCGUCUCGGGACCGCGGUUCUCCUACUCGCCUGCGGGAGGUGGUGCGGGACGUGCGCGGCCGCCUGCCCGCGGGGCCGCCGCCCGCCGUCGUGGGCGUCCUGCUGCCCGGCGGGGACGGAGAGGACGCGGCGGUGCUGGACGCGGCGCUGCGGCGGCACUUCCCGGCGCCCGGCACCGUGCAGGCGGCUCGGUACAGCCCGGGCAGCCCCGGCGACUGCCGUGCCGCCGCCUGCCGCGCCCUGCGGGCUGCCCUGCAGCACCCCGCAGAAGACAUGAAAGACAGGGAGAGGUGGAGGUUGCCAUCCUUUCUGCAGUGCAUUUCUUGGAACCAGAGGAGCUGGAGAAAAGAUUACAAAGCAAAAGCUGAAAACAACAUUCAUGAAGAUGGCCUGCAAGACCCUGAGGAAGAAGUGGCUCUGGCCAGCCUUUCCCCCAAUGGAAACUGUGAAGAAGCUGCUGGAGGCACAGGCACCUAG